GCCUCCGUCGUCGUCUGCAAGGGAAAAAGGAGGAUGAAGGAGGUAAUGGCUAAUAACAGUACAACAAAUAUAUCUCAGGCAAGAAAAGCAGUGGAGCAGCUGAAAAUGGAGGCAUAUCUGGACAGGAUAAAGGUAUCCAAGGCUGCUGCUGAUUUAUUGGCAUACUGCGAUGCCCACAUGGGAGAAGAUCCCCUUAUUAUUCCAGUGCCCACAUCUGAAAAUCCCUUCCGGGAGAAGAAGCUCUUGUGUACUAUUCUCUGAAUCACCUUGCAAUUAAAAAUGACCUUUGGGAGAAAA